AUGGGACUUGCGUGGAAACACCGUCUUUCUGGGUAUGUACUUCUGACUCCUGAAGAUGGCAUAGAUCUAAUCUGUGAAAAUUCAUCUACAUAUAGUCCUAACAGCACCUACGAGGCCAACCUGAAUCAACUUUUUCUCAAUUUAUCAUCGACAAAUGCCACCCAAAAUAAUGGAUUUUACCGCUCCGAGGUGGGUCGUGGAUCUCCAGACGCAGUCUACGGCCUCUUCCUAUGCAGAGGUGAUGUGAACGCGGACAUAUGCGAAGAUUGUGUGAAGAAUGCUACGACAGAUAUGUUACAACUUUGUGCCAACAGAAAAGAGGCAAUUAUCUGGUACAAUGAGUGCAUGUUACGUUACUCAAAUCAAUCCAUAGUAUCCAGCGUGCAGCAAUAUGCCAAGGUGUCCUUUUAUAAUACCCAGAACAUUACAAAUGAACCAGACAGGUUCGAACAGUUGUUGGCCGACACCCUGAAUGAAAUAGCCACAGAAGCAUCAACUAAUCUCACUGGUAAGAAAUUUGCUACUAAAGCAGUUAAUUUCACAGCAUUCCAGAGACUGUACACCCUGGCGCAGUGCACCCCUGAUCUUUCCAUCAGUGAUUGCAAUAGCUGUCUUCAAGAUUUAAUCUCAAGGUUACCUUCAUGUUGUGCUAAUAGCCAAGGAGCACUAAUUCUUUUCACCAGCUGCAAUAUUAGGUAUGAGGUUUACCCAUUUUAUAAUUCCACUUCGGCCCCUGCUCCAAAUACACGUCCUCUUGCGCCACCACCUCCAUCAAAUUCUUCAAUUAAUGAAGGAAAUGGGGGAAUCUCAACAAAAGUUAUUAUUGCCAUAGUUGUUCCAGUUGUUGUGUCCUUGGUGCUUUUCUUCAUAGGCAUCUGCCUCUUCAUUAGGAGGAAAAAAUAUUAUGAUGCUGUAAAUGAGGAACAUGAAGAAGAAAAUGAGAUUUCGAUAGUUGAAUCCUUGCAAUAUGAUUUAAAUACUAUUCAGCUUGCUACCAACAACUUUUCUCUCGAUAACAAAAUCGGUGAAGGUGGAUUUGGUGCUGUCUACAAGGGUACUUUCCCGAAUGGGCAAGAAAUAGCUGUGAAGAGACUUUCCAAAAGUUCAGGACAAGGCGCAAAGGAAUUUAAGAAUGAGGUUGUACUUGUCGCCAAGCUUCAACACAGAAAUCUAGCAAGACUACUGGGAUUUUGCUUGGAAGGAGAAGAGAAGAUACUUGUUUAUGAAUUCGUGCCCAAUAAAAGCCUUGAUUACUUUCUAUUUGAUCCAGAAAAACGGCAAAUGUUGGAUUGGUCGAAACGUUAUAAGAUCAUAGGAGGAAUAGCUCGAGGAAUGUCUCAAGGAAAUACAAGUAGGAUUGUUGGGACAUAUGGUUACAUGUCUCCUGAGUAUGCAAUGCAUGGCAAGUUCUCGAUGAAAUCUGAUGUUUUUAGUUUUGGCGUUCUUGUUUUGGAAAUCUUAAGCGGGAAGAAAAAUAGCAACUUCGACCAAUCCGAUGGUGACGAGGUUCUCAUUACCUAUGCUUGGAAACUCUGGAGAGAUGGUAGACCAUUGGAUUUGAUAGAUCCAACACUGAAAGACUCGUUUAACAAAAAUGAAAUGAUUCGAUGCAUGCAAAUUGGCUUACUAUGUGUUCAAGAAGAUGUUGAUGAAAGACCAAACAUGACAUCUGUAAUUUUGACGCUCAAUAGCUAUUCAGCCACUCUUGUUGUUCCUCGUGAACCUGCAUUUUUUUUUGGUAGCAGUAUACGGAGCAUCCCCAUGGGACCGGAAUCGGACAAAUCCACGUCAACCUCAAUAGCCCUUUCUACAAAUGAAGCAUCAAUUUCUGAAUUAUAUCCCAGAUAG